UAGGAAUCAAAACGAAAUUAAAAAUAGCAAUAAUGAAAUAACAUGUUUAAUAACUCAAUGAGAGGAGAACCCUUCUUAUUUGGUGCCACUGUAGCAUGUCUUUCCAUAUUCAUAGAAUACAAACAGAUCUCUCCCAUAUUCCAUUGCCACAUUUUCCUCAACCUCUCCAAUAAUACAUCCCAGUACCGUCCAUAUAUGGCCUAGGAAGUUCCGAGCAGAUCAUGACGGACAUAAGGUUUUGAAGAAUUCAGAGUUAGGCUGAUCAUGUCUUUUUGAAGGACAUUUGAUCUCUUGAUGUGAUUUUGGUUUACCUGCUGAAUUCAAGCUAUAUUUUACAAUAGCUUGUGCCUUCAUGACAUCAUAUGAUCAUUGAUUAUUGUGUUUUCAGUUUGUUGGGUUGAUUACAUUCUUUUGUUUCUGAAUUGUGGGAAGUUUGUAUAUUAAUAGGAACAGCUUUAAUGGGUGUGGCAAUAUACAGAUGGUUAUAUGUGACUGCAAUUCUAGAAUCUGACGAGAAAGGCAAUACAAGAAGACUUUCAAUGUGGUACUGAUUGAUGGAGUUCUUCAAAAGCUGGUACAAUGUUAUCUGGCUUAUCUUUUCUCUAUCAUCAACAUCAUUUCUUCAAGCCUCAUAUGGCUAUGAUCCCGAGUCCUUAAGUACUUUUUUUCAUCAUUAUGCAAAUACCAGUGUAAGAAAUCCUCAUACGGGCAUCUUAUACAAUCUUUCUCUUCCGGCUAAUUUCUCCGGUAUGGAAGCUUCAUUUGCUAGGAUCCUUAGUGCAAAGUUUUUGAGUAGAGGAGUAAAUUUCAGUUCAGUUUAUAUACCACCAAGGGUUAUAACAAUGCCAUAUGUGAAAAGGUUAACUAUAGUGUAUGAGAAUUUAGGCAAUUGGUCUUCAGUUUACUAUCAAGUGUCCAAUUACACAUUGGUUGCUCCUGUUGUUGGCUUCCUGGCUUAUGAUUCUAAUUCAAGUGCAAUAGGAACUCAAAAGCUCAAUUUCAGCACUCUGGGUGACCCAAUUGCAAUCCAGUUUCCUCAUAUUCAUGUGCAAGGGGAAAAACCAAAGUGUGUUGAAUUUGGUGUUGGUGGGAGCUUUGAGAUCAAAGACAUGACUGAGGCAAAUGAGUGUCUUACACAUGGUGAAGGGCAUUUUUCUCUUGUUGUUCCAUCUCCUAUAACACCGACGCCAACACCAAUGCCUACGCCAACGCCAACGCCAACGCCAACACCAGCACCAAAGAACAAAGAUAAGUUGCGAAAAGGACUUAUUGCUGGAAUUUGUGGGAUGGUUAUACUAGGGUUGGUAAUGAUAGUCAUGUACAAGUUAGUGAGGAGGAGGCAAAUUAGAGCUAUGGAAAAGCAGUCUGAAAAGGAUGUGGCCUUCAAUACAUUCUGGGUUGGGAGAAGUAAAAUGCCUUCAGCAUCAAUGACUAGAACCCAACCAUACCUUGAACAAGCAGAAUAUGCUCCUUGACUUAUUUUUCUUUUUCCAUUGUAUUUUUUCAUUUUGCAUCCCAAUUUGUGUUAGUGAAAUUACUUUCAAUUUAUGAAGUAUAUUUA